GCUCACCUCCAGUGACGUUUAGUGAGCUCACAACGCUGUGUCUUCCAUUUCUAAUCGGCAAUGUCAGAGACGCUUUCACCAGAGGAAAACGCAUCCGUUCUUUCACUAGCGGAAAAACAUUUUUCUGGAAAUGAAGAUCGUGAGGUGGCAGCAGCUAAAAGCUAAAGCGCGUGACACAUAGAGAAGCAGAGAGCAGAAGGGGAGGCUCGUGCUGCCACCGCAGAGCAUCCUUUCCCCACAAACAUCUCUGUCACAGCCACGUCCUCACAUAAGCCGUGUGCCCUCUGACGCCUUUAUUCUCGGGCCCGUUUACUGAGUGGUGAGCACGCGCUGGCCCUGCUCUGGAGUCUGGGGGCUCCGUAGUGAAACAACAAAAAACAGCCCCUCCCGCCCCCCCAAAAAAAUCCCUGCUUUCAUGGAGCAUGCAUUCCAGAGGGAAAUCAGAUCAAACAAGAAGUAAAUAAACAGCACGUUCAGUAGUUUAAUGACGCAUGAGGGAGGCGUGCCCUGGGCAGAGGAACAGCAGGUGCGUGGGCUGUGAGCAGAAGCCACUUCUGUCCCUUCUGGAUCACAGCCAGGCCCGCGGCGGGGCAGGGGAAAAUGGGAGAUGAGAGGAGACAGGGAGACCUUCGCACAACCUUGUCCUCAUGAAGCUGGGCUCCUGCUCGGACGGGAGGGGUUGGGGCAGGAGACCUGGCAGGUGCAGGCUGUAGACAGGAAUGUGGAAAUCAUCAGUGUGUCCGUGCAUUUCAACAUCAAAGACCAAGUGAGAUUGCCCACGGGGAGUGUCAGCCGAGCCCCGCUGGGAUGUUUAGAGGUGGGCAGAGGAGGGGGAGUCUGCAAAAAAGAAGAAACGAUGCUCUGAAAGUCCGAGAGCAGACAGCUCCUCAAGGACAGGAGGGCACAUGUGUGUGAUGCCUGACAGUUGCCCCGUUUGCUUCCCAGCUGGUGCUGAUCCCUCCCCUUCAGGUGGGAAAGUGACAAUGGUCAGGAAUUUAAAACUUCUUCUUUGGAAGAAUUUCAUCUUGAAGAAGCGGAAGACUCUGAUAACAGUGCUUGAAAUCCUAAUGCCGCUACUCUUCUCCAUGAUCAUCAUGUACCUGCGUUUAAACAGUUUGCCUAAGAAAAUACCUCCUGUCAACUAUCCGGCCAUCAAUAUCAGUUUACUGCCAGCCUUCCUCUAUUUUCCUACUUACACCAGAUACCAACUAGUGUAUGUCUCUUCCAAAAGCGAAACGUUGAAGACUAUCACUGAAGCGGUGGGGAAAUCCUUUGACGUUGAGUUUGAAGUCCUAGGCCAUUCUUCAGUGCCUUUGUUUGAAAAUUACAUACUCCAGGAUCCCAAAGCCGUCUUCGUGUUGGCUGGAAUUGUCUUCGAUCACACCUUCAAUGACAGCAAGCAACCCCUGCCACUGAAGGUUAAGUACCGCCUGCGCUUCAGCUACACGCAGAGGAACUCCUUAAUCGCGCAGCUGACCUCCAAACAAGAUUAUGUGGACAGCUGGGGCACAUCCUUCCUCUACCCUCCCAACCCAAGCCAAGAGCCCCGGGCCUUAGGGCAUUCGGACGGCGGACUCCCUGGAUACAGCAACGAAGGCUUCCUGGCCAUCCAGCAUGUGCUGGACAAGGCCAUCAUGCACUACCAUGCCCACAACGGGACGACCGAGAUGUUUGAGGGCCUGAGUGUGCUUGUGAAGAGGUUCCCCCACGGAGCCCACGUCCAGGACGGGCUCCUGGUGACCCUUCAGAACGAGUUCCCUCUUCUACUCAUGCUCAGCUUCAUCUGCAUCGAGCUCAUCAUCAUCAAUUCCGUUGCCCUGGAGAAGGAGAAAAAACUGAAGGAGUACAUGUGCAUGAUGGGAGUGGACAACUGGCAACACUGGGCUGCCUGGUUCAUCGUGUUCUUCGUCUCGGCCCUCCUCGCCGUUUCUUUCAUGACCGUCCUCUUCUGCACACAGGUGAACAGUGUGGCGGUGUUCAGGAACAGCGACCCUAGCUUGAUAUUUGUUUUCCUACUGUCUUUUGCCACGGCCACUGUUUUCUUUGCAUUCAUGAUCAGCACAUUCUUCCAAAAAGCCCACGUAGCCACUGCCUCGGGAGGAAUCAUCUUCUUCCUCACCUACCUCCCAUACCUGUACCUCACUUUCAGCUACUCCCAGAGGACCCACUUCCAAAAGAUUGGCUUUUGCCUGCUCUCGAAUGUCGCCAUGGCACUGGGAGUGCGAUUUAUCUCCAUAUUUGAGAUAAGAGGUGAGUCCCACCUUUCUCCAAGGGACGCUGCCUCAAUGCCCUGUCACCGCUGCACCCCAGACAUCAACUCUGCAGGCCUGCGGGCGGCGGGAGCGGGACGUCCUGCCGUCCGGGUGCUGACUGCGGCCCUUUCUCCGGGCGGGCACAGGCCUGCAGUGGAAGAACGUGGGCGGCUUCAGGUGCUGCUGAUGCUUCUGCUGGACUCCAUCUUGUACGGCGCGGUGGCCGGGUACGUGGAGGCCGUCCUCCCGGGCGAGCAUGGCGGGCCCAAGCCCUGGUACUUCUUCGUCACACCAUCCCACUGGCGUGGACAGCCCGUGCCCCUCACGCGGUCGGUGCUCCACGUGGCGGAUCCGGACAACUCUCCAAAGAGCCAGUUGAUUCAGGAAGAGCCUACCAGUUUGAAGAAAGGGAUUGAAAUCCAGCAUCUCUACAAGGUCUAUCACACAGGAAAGAAUAAACAUGUAGCAGUCAAAGACCUGACCCUGAAUCUGUACCAAGGGCAGAUCACUGCUCUCCUGGGACACAACGGAGCCGGCAAAACCACCACGUGCUACGUGCUCACAGGUCUUAUUCCCCCUUCAAGUGGGUGUGUGUAUAUCAAUGGAUAUGAAAUUUCACACAAUAUGGCGGAGAUCCGGAAGAGCGUGGGCUGGUGCCCCCAACACGACAUCCUGUUUGAUGACCUCACCGUAGCGGAGCAUCUCUCUUUCUAUGCUCAGCUGAAGGGCCUGUCCCGCCUCAAGUGCCCCGAAGAGGUCCAGCGGAUGCUGCACGCCCUCAGCCUGGAGGACAAGCGGGACUCCCUGAGCAGGUGCCUGAGCGGGGGCCUGAGGCGCAAGCUGUCCAUCGGCAUCGCCCUCAUCGCGGGCUCCAAGGUGCUGAUGCUGGACGAGCCCACCUCGGGCAUGGACGCCGUCUCCAGGAGGGCCAUCUGGGACCUGCUGCAGCAGCACAAGAGCCAGCGCACCGUGCUGCUCACCACGCACUUCAUGGACGAGGCCGACCUGCUGGGCGACCGCGUGGCCAUCAUGGCCAAGGGGGAGCUUCAGUGCUGCGGGUCCUCGCUGUUCCUCAAGCAGAAGUACGGUGCAGGAUAUUACAUGACUUUAGUGAAGAAACCUCACUGUAGCACAGAGAAGAUUGCCCAUCUGAUUUAUCACCACAUACCCAAUGCGGUUUUGCAGUCCAGCAUUGGAGAAGAAUUAACGUUUACUCUUCCUAAAAAGAGCAUGCCCAGGUUUGCAUCUCUAUUUACCGAGUUGGAACAGAGGCAGGUGGAGCUGGGGAUCGCCAGCUUCGGGGCCUCGGUCACCACCAUGGAGGAGGUCUUCAUUCGGGUGAACAAGCUGACAGAUUCCGGCACAGAAAUCCAAACCCUCAAGAUUCCCUCCAUUCAGUCUCACCACCUGAUCGGCAGGGUUCCUGUCAACAGAAUCAAACGUAUUCACUCAAGGAUCUUCCCCAUACCUUCCGGCCUGCCAAUUCAUCACAACACUGGGUUCAGCCUCAUCCGCCAACAGUUCUAUGCCAUGCUCCUGAAAAGGGUCCUGUACUCUUGGCGCAACUGGCUGCUGAUGCUCACGGUACAGGUCCUGGUGCCCCUGCUGAUCACCACCUUCGGCCUCACCAUCUUCAACUUGGCAACGAACACAGGCAGCGUGCCGCUGGAGCUGACCCUGAGAACAUAUGGCCGAACCGUCGUUCCGUUCUAUAUUUCUCCCAAUUCCAGGCUGGGUCCUCGGCUUUCACAGCAUUUCACAGACAUGCUUGUGGCGGAGGAACAGAUCCCUCUGGAGACCCUGAGCUCGGUGGAGGACCUCCUCCUAGACAAGGCAGAGGAGGAGCCCGAGAGCUUUGAUUUCAAAUACGUCAUGGCUGCUUCCUUUGAAGACCAGGGGAACCACACGACGGUGACGGCGCUGUUCAACAACCAGGUGUACCACUCCCCUGCCGUGGCGCUGGCGCUCGUGGACAACUUCCUCUUCAAGCUGCUCUCCGGGGCCGCGGCUUCCAUCACCUCGUCCAACCACCCUCAACCUAAGUCGGCCCUGGAGGCCUCGGAGGACGUCUUGUACCACAGCCCUAAAGGACACUACCUUGUUAUCAACUUGCUUUUCGGAAUAGCUUUCCUGUCCAGCUCCUUUGCCAUCUUGACGGUCAAAGAAAGAUCCACAAAGGCCAAGCACAUCCAGUUCGUCAGUGGUGUUUAUGUGGCCACCUUCUGGCUCUCUGCUCUGCUGUGGGACCUCAUCACUUCCCUGGUCCCCAGUCUGCUGCUGCUGGUGGUGUUUCUGUACCACCAGGAAGAAGCCUUCACACACCAGGAAAACGUCCAGGCCAUCAUCCUGGUGCUAAUGCUCUACAGCUGGGCGAGCAUCCCCUUGGUGUAUCUGAGCAGCUUCUGUUUUCGCAGCGAAGGGAGCGCUUUUGUCAAGCUCCUGGUCAUGCUCACCUUCCUGAGCAUCGGCCCCUUCAUUCUCAUCUCAGUCAUGGAGGACAAAGACCAAGGCCACACCACGGUCUCGGAGUCCUUGGAUCAUGCCUUCCUAAUGCUCCCCGGCCACUGCCUGGGAAUGGCUCUCUUCAACUUACACUACAACCACGGACUCCAGAAGUUAUGCAAAACCAGGAACCUGAGCCAGUCUGAGUGUAAUAAAUUUUUAGAGAGAUACAUGGUCCAGGAGAGCAUCUACGCCUGGGAGUCCCUCGGGAUGGGGAAGUACUUGGCAGCCCUCGCCAUCUUGGGGUCUGUGUACCUCAUCCUGCUUUUCCUCAUUGAAACCAAUGUCUUGCGGGAAUUGAAAGCCAGGUUUUCUGACCUCAACGGGAAGCAAGAAUCGCAGGUAACGUUGCAGAAGGCAACGUCCGUGCCCAGAGACCAAGAUGUGCAAAAGGAGGCAAAAAUGGUCCAGACUUCUUUGAAAAAGCUGCGUGAGGAAAACCCACUUGUUUAAGAACAAGACGUGUCAAAGGUCUACGGCAGGAAGGUGCCCCUGCUGGCCGUGAAUAAGGUGUCCUUCGCCGUCCAGGCAGAGGAGUGCUUUGGCCUUCUUGGUGUCAACGGAGCUGGGAAAACGUCCAUCUUCAAAAUGCUGACCGGGGAAGAGCCCAUCACCUCUGGGGACGCCUUUAUCAAGGGCCUCAGCAUCAGCUCUCACCUCAGGAAGGUGCGGCAGUGGGUGGGCUACUGUCCCCAGUCUGACACCCUGCUCAACCACAUGACGGGCUGGGAGACGCUGGUCAUGUACGCCCGGAUCCGGGGCAUCCCCGAGCGCCACGUCAGCACCUGCGUGGAACAAAUUCUUGAGGAGUUACUCAUGUACACCUACACUGACAAACUGGUGAAGACCUACAGUGGUGGCAACAAACGAAAGCUGAGCACUGGCGUCGCCCUAAUUGGAGAGCCUUCAGUCGUGUUGCUGGACGAGCCAUCCACUGGCAUGGACCCCGUGGCCCGGCGCCUGCUCUGGGGCACAGUGGCACGAGCCCGCAAGUCUGGCAAGGCCAUUGUUCUCACCACCCACAGCAUGGAAGAAUGUGAGGCCUUGUGCACCCGGCUGGCCAUCAUGGUGCAGGGCCAGUUCAAGUGCCUGGGCAGCCCACAGCACCUCAAGAGCAAGUUUGGCAGCGGCUACUCCCUGCGGACCAAGGUCCGGAGCGAAGGGCGGCAGGAGGCCCUGGAGGAGUUCAAGGCGUUUGUGAACCUGACCUUCCCAGGCAGCGUCCUGGAGGAUGAGCACCAAGGGAUGGUCCAUUACCACCUGCCCAGGGAGGACCUCAGCUGGGCCAAGGUGUUUGACAUUCUGGAGCAAGCCAAGAGGAAAUUCAUGCUGGAUGACUAUUCUGUCAACCAAGUCUCCCUGGAGGAUAUUUUCCUGAGCUUCACCUGCCCUAUGCCCCGUACCCUAGAGGGAAAGAAACCAGAGCAAGCAAAGCCAGCUCCACCCCCCUCCCAGCCUCCCUCCCAGCCUCCUUCCCAGCCUCCCUCCCCACUUCCCUCAGAACCUGUCUUGCUGUAAUAAAGAGUGUGCAGCCUGCCAUGGGCUGCAAGGGGUACAAAGA